GAUAUUGCAUUAACCGGAAAAAACUUGUUCUUUCUAAAAAUGUGAUAUACUAGGUAAGUUAUCAUUUGAAAUAAGUGUAAACAAAACCACGUGCUUUACAUGUACAGUCUGAUAAUUCAUAACCUAGGAGAUAAGAAGCAUAUUCGUCCUAUUCUUAAAGUAAAUACAGCAUGUACAAGAUGGGAAAUAAAACAGAUCCAGGAGAUUUAAUUGACAAAAUUAACAUGUUAGAUAUUGUUUUGACUCUUGCAGGAGCCUCGUUGUCAAUAGUAGGAGCGUUUGUGUUAUUUUUUGCUCAUUAUCUAAGACAUAAAAGUGGGAAACCAACGAACGAAGUUCGACAAUUCUUAAUAUUUCUUACAAUUGCAGAUAUGUUUAAUGCUUUAGGACUUUUAUAUGGAGUAGCGAAUUUUCUAAAUUCUGAGGAUUCUACUGAUGAAAAAGUGGCUGCCUGCCAUCGGCAUGAAGAAUUAGGCUGUAUUGCACAAAGUUAUAUGACAACACUGUUUGGUAUGAGCUCGUUUUUCUGGACAACUAUUAUAGCCUUUCAUUUGUUUUGGACAUACGAGGAAAAUUCUCCCAGCAGUAUCAAGAAGACAAUUUUGUAUCAUGUUAUUAACUGGGGAAUUCCAUUUGCUAUAACAACAGCGGCUGUGAGCAAGAACGUGUUGGGAUCAGACUUGUCUGUUGGUUCCGGUGCCUGGUGCUGGAUAUCAGCAUGCUUGCCUCACUACGAUAGAACUUUAUGGAUGACCAUUUCACUGAAAGGAUGGGAAAUUCUAAUGUAUUUCUCCUGUUGUGCAUUUUAUUUGUUGAUAAAAUGGCGUAAAAUUAAAAUACGGCGACAUCGACGAAAAAUGAAUAUUGGUUUAUCAUUAUCGCCAAGCCAAACAGCAGUCCAAUCAGACGUAGAGACGAAACCUCACGAAGAUAUACGAUUUCUGCUUCUCUGGUUAUUUGAAGUUUCUCUCCGAAUAUUUGGUACAGUACGCUACCUAACUGCUGCAGUGAAGAGACACACCGCCAAAGAUUUAAAGGAUUAUAAUUCAGUGGACAAAGUUUUAUUACACUUUCAGAGUUUUGGCGACAGUGCGCAAGCGCUGUGUUCUUGUUUAUUGUUCUGUAUUUUUGACAAAGAAAUGCGUAAUUUGCUAAAAGAUAAAAUUGUUUGUAAUCAUAAACGUUCUGAGAAAAGACCAUUAUUAACUAGACAAACAACAGUUUGUUGAAAUCUCGCAAGCAAUUAAAGCCAUUUGUGAUAUUAGAUUUAAAAAUGUUUGUUUUAAUAAAGAAUCAACGCUAUA